CGAAGAUCCCAAAGUACAAGUAGUUCGAUAAUUUUACGUUGCAAUGUUUGAGAUUUGAACGCUUGAACAUUGAAACAAAGUCCGGUGUGGCGGGACUGUGCGAAGUCGCGAGGUUCAAACUUGAUAAUGGACCAGAGUCUUGACGAUAUUAUCCAACAGAAGCGCAUCAGAGUAACUAGAGGUAGAGGUCGUGGACGCGGACGCGGUGGCGAAUCUUUGCGAGGUGUCCGUCGUGGUGGAGUUGCGCGGCGAAACACAAAUGGAAUGUCACGAGCCUUACCUGACAAAUGGCAGCACGAUAUGUUCCAAGAUGGUCGUAGCCCCAAAGGUUCUGCUAAUACAGUUGGAAAUGCAGCGAGGCUGCACAUUUCAAAUUUGGACUUUGGUGUUAACAAUGAUGAUAUAAAUGAACUUUUUCGUGAGUUUGGCGCAAUUCGAAAGGCUACUGUCCAUUAUGAUAGAAGUGGUCGUUCUCUUGGCACCGCAGAAGUCGUUUUCGUGAACCCACUUAGUGCAACAAAAGCCAAAAAUCACUACAAUGGUGUACCGCUCGAUGGGCGCCCAAUGGUCAUUCAGUUGGUCGGUGCAGCUGUUGAAACUACUGUAACAUCACGUCCCCGCGUUACUCGCCCUCGUGGUUCACCGAUUCGUCGGGGUUUCGGACGUGGUCGGGGUCGUGCACGUGGUCGCGGAAGAAUUCAGAAACCUACAGUUACUAAGGAAGAAUUAGACGCACAGUUGGCUGCUUAUAAUGCUCAGCGUGCUUGAUCUACUCUCACAACCUCUUGUUUUUGGAGUAGACUCGACAAAAUCUGUCAACUCUCCAAAUUUCUUGUCCCUAUUUAAUGUAUGUCUUUGAGUCCAUAUAAAAAAUAAAACAAUUUAUCAUAUAAAAGUUUAA